AUGGGAAAUUGCCAAGCCGUUGACACUGCAACUCUAGUGAUACAACAACCCAAUGGGAAAGUAGAAAGGUUGUAUUGGCCUGUGAGUGCUAGUGAAGUGAUGAAGACCAACCCUGAUCACUAUGUUGCUCUUCUUAUCUCCACCACAUUGUGCUCAUCCAAGGACAAUGAAAUUUGCCAAAAUAAGAGUGAAAACACCAACACCACCAACCCUGUUCGCCUUACCCGCAUCAAGCUUCUCAAGCCAACAGACACCCUUAUGCUUGGCCAAGUUUAUAGACUAAUCUCGGCUCAAGAGGUUAUGAAGGGUCUUUGGGCAAAGAAACAAGCAAAACUGAAGAGAAACGUAUCAGAAUCAGCACAAAAGCCAAAUCUGAUGAAGGAAAGGACAGACAAAUCAGCAAGGAGGUCUGAGCCGGAGGACAACCAGGAAACCAAAGGUGAAAGACACGGGUCAAGGACAACAUCAAGUAAUAAUGCUUCUAGUGCCACAGCUAAGUCAAGAACAUGGCAACCCUCUUUACAAAGCAUCUCAGAGUCAGCCAGCUGA